AUGGUACCAGUAUAUGGGUUUACUCUGCUUGCUGAUAUCUCGGUUGAUGAUCAGAAGAUGCGUGCUUUGGUCGAUACUGGAACUUCGUACCUGUUUUUCACAUGGAAGCAAUGGUACGAGGCAGUCACUCAACCCGGAGCUUGUAGCCAACUCGUAACUGGCUGCGUUCAGAGUUCGGCUCCACAAGGGCCUACCACAACUCUCGCAUACUCGGAGGGCACUUUUGUGGGCAUCAAAGGGAAGACAGGAAAGCUGACUUUUGGUUCGACUAGUGCUGCACCUCUCCGAUUCGGAUUGGUCGUCAGUCAACAGCCGUCCGUAGACCUGAUACCGCCUGUCAACUCAGUUGGUUUAGGGAGACAGCCAUUGGCAGACUACCCGUCUCUGGUGAAACAACUGGGAUCAAAGCUAGGAAGUGAUACUUUCGCUCUGUACCUGAAGACAGAUCCGCAUACUGGUCGAACUGUGGGAGAGGUUCUCCUUGGUGGUGGCGAUCCGAGCUUGUAUGUGGCACCCCUACGUUUCGUCCAGCUCAGAAGCCAGCAAGAAUAUAUUGUCACACUCGGUACCUUGCAAGUUGGUAGUGGCAUUAAGACUAUAGGUAUUAAUGGAGCUGCUAUUGUGGACAGUGGUACACAAGGCUUGAUUGUCCCUGGCCUUUACAUAGGUGGGUUGAAGAAUGAUAUUCUUGCUCAAGCGUCGGCAGCCGCCGGGACAAGGGUUGAAUGCACGGAUAUUCCCGGGCUCGAUGUCUGCGUGUUCGAGUGUACAUAUAGAAAGUUCUUCCCGCAUCUAGAAUUGGGCCUGAAUCCAAAUGGCGACGUCCCAAUACUUAUCAAUAACUUGCUCUACGCCCGAGAUACAGCAGGGCUUUGCACCCUCGGCCUCAAAACUGCACUGGGAUACACUUGGACCUUGCCAGACUUUGUUCUGGUCGGCCGGACCGUGAGCUACGCUGAACUCUUCAAGCCUGAACUGCGAGAGUCUCGCAGUACAGGCUUAAAAAUGAGUUCCGGCGAUCGUCUCGCAGCGGGACGAUCGCUAGUCAAGGAGGUAAACACUGACUGGUGCAUGAUCUCUCCCUGGGGGAAAUGA